AUGUGGAAGCUGUGCUCAGCUGGUGACUGUGCUGGCAUCAGACAACACAGGUACUGGCAUCAGACAACACAGGCACUGGCAUCAGACAACACAGACACUGGCAUCAGACAACACAGGCACUGGCAUCAGACAACACAGGCACUGGCAUCAGACAACACAGGUUUUUGCGUCAAGAUGACUUCCCGUGUUUUGUCCACCUUCGUCUUCGUCUCUUUGAUUUCAUCGGUUGCUGCCGUGGAUCCCGCUGACCUGAAACUGCAAAUCACCAACAGAACUGAAGAUGUAAAAUUCUCCAUACUGGACCCAGCACCGAAGGACAUCACCUCUAACAGAAAAAUGCCAACACUUCUGUCCUCUCCUAUGUCAAGACAGAAGAGACAGGCUAGAUUUUCCACCUCAACCCUGAAAUGGGUUCGUAUGCGUUAUGGCAAUUCUCUCCCUCGUGGAGCUGUUUAUAUUUAUAACAGCUAUGUAAAACGCUAUGACUACGUCUGCAAAUGUGGUUGUCAAGCCGGUUUCUACACUCCAGGUGAUAUGUGCCGCUACCCCUAUAGUCACAAAGAGCUCAAAUGUUACAGCUUUCAGGUCCUGGUGAACAAAGACAACUUUGAGAUUUUGACAUGGAAGGACAGCUCCUACGGUAAAGUGCCUCAGAAUUCAGUCCGGACAUGCUCCACCCGAGACAUAUAUGUUGGACAGAACAAGUAUGGUCUUGGGAAGGUGCAUGUUAGUCAAAAGUGCUUCUACCUUCCCUGGAAAGGUAAGGAGUAUUGGUACUGGCACUACAAGGUCCUGACCUUUACCAACAGAAUUUCCAGAGAGCACAUUUCUAAAGUCAGGUACAAGAUUUGGGAAGCUAAAACAACCAAUUACCCAGAGAUCCUGAUCAGGUCUACCAUUGUCAACAAUCAGUUGAACUCAAUAAUAAAAACAUUUACGUUGUCAAAAACUUAUAAGGAGGAGAAAAGGUGGGACACUAGCACUGCCAUCACAGUUGCUGACCCUGCUAGCAUUUCUGCCAGACUCCCAUUCUUCACCUCGGCAGGUAUUAGGUACAGUGCUGUCAUAACAAAGCAAUUAUCUGGUGGGACCUCCAUAAUGUUGCCGAAAAGCAUCUCUAUCAAUGUGAAGGUACGUGUCCCACCACAGCACUCCUGCAGAGUUAGUCUUCGGGGACAUAGGUACAAGAUAAAAAUCCCUUUCACAGCACGCUUCAGCCGCACCUACCAAAAUGGGGUAACCAGACGAACAUCCAUCUCUGGGAUGUACAGCGGUGUCAACGUUAUUGACCUCAGGUCUAUUGUGGAUCGCUGUGUUCCUUUAUCCGAUGCUAAGCGUUUGUCACUGGAAUAAAAAUGGAAGAGUUCUUAAAGGGGACCUAUUAUACUCAUUUUCAGCUCCCUAUUUUUUAUUUUUGGACUCCAUUAGAGUAGCGUUGCAUGAUUCACAGUUAAAAAAGACAAAAAACCCACAAACAACAAAAAAACAAACAAACAAAAAAGGCUCCUGAGACAGCAUAAACAAAAUAUAGUAGUUGGAUUUUACUUCUUGUUCUCGUUCUUUAAUCAAAAUAUAAACUUCCGCUACUGCCAAUACAUCCAUACUUGUUGGAGCAGAAAUCUGAUCCAAAAUGUGCGAGUGGACAACACGAACAUCCACAGCAACAAAGAUUGCAGAAGGACAUAUCUAUUUGGUAAAGCCCAUUACCUGCUUAUUGUUUGAUAUCUUUAUCCUAUCUGUGUUCAGCUCUCAAUACUUUUGUAGCUUCUCACAAAAACUCUGUGGUUUGAAGUUUAGUUUCUCUCUGCGUUCAUGUUUGUACUUUCAGAUAUCUAUCUUAUUUUACUCUUUACUGAUCACUUUCAACUGUAUCAGAUUCAUGUUAUAAUACUGCUGAUGGAAACCCAGCAUUUCCUGUUUUUGCUGCUUCAAAUUAAAAGCUUUUUAAUGACUAAAUAAUGGGAGAUGUUAAUUGUGAAGAAUUUACAGGAAAUUAAAUGUUUAUCCACCAUUUAGUGGAGCUUUGUUAGCGAUGUAAUUCUUCAAUAAAAACUGGUCGACACAACAAGA